ACUUCCCGAGACGGCAGUGGGUCAGCCAGUCUCCAUAGUGACCCCUCGCCGGCAACAUGUCUCCUACGUGCUGGGUGUUGGUCAUGCUGAUGGUGCUGAGCGCACUGCUUCAGUUUCACUCCUGCCUGAACCAAGAGUUCCCCGACUACGGCGAGUUGGAGCCGGACAGCAGGAGCCUGAAGAAGAAAAAGAAGAAACUGCAGUGCUUGCUUCAUCUGCACUCCCAGCAGAGGUCGUACGGCGAAGAGAGGACCCUCGGCUUGCUAGGCGCUUUGGCACAGUUCGAGGACCAACAAGAAGAAGAGGACCACCACGAAGAUCCUUGCGAGGACGCGUUCCACGGCCUGUUCAGCGGCGGCCAGGGCUCCCAGGGCGGGAACAGGAACAGGGACAGGAACGCGCCCUUCUACCCGCAGUCGUACGCGCGGCAGCUGAGCAGACUCCUGAGGCCGGUCAACCGGGCGCUCAGGCCGAUCUACCGACUGUUCUAGCGAGCGUCGGCGGCUAGGGGCGAUCCCGGCGACCCCGGGGAAACAAGCGACUGUCACCAAGCUAUAACCAAACCUGACUUGAAAUGCAGUUAAGAACACGGACAGUUUUUUUUUUACUAAAGAUUCCUCUGAAAACCAGUUGCCGAGGAUAUUUUGUAACUUUUUAAAACAUAACGUUCUUUUUUCUCGAAAUGUUUCAUACAAGCACGAAUUUUUUUAAAAAACCAUGGCCUAUGUAUUGUUUUAUUAUGCUUAUUAAUGUGUGCAGUUUAUACUGGGAAGCAAUUCAGGGAAAGGUUCACGAAUAACUUUAACUACUGGAAGUACUGGGGCAACACAAAGCAUAAAUGCCCGGGUAAGAAUCCGAACCUAGUCUUACUGCGGACACUAUUUUGUAGUGAUACAGUUUAUUGUUUAAUGGUAAUGAACACAUUUACAAAUAUCUGUAAAUUUACACGAAUAUUUUUGUUCCAUUUACGAAAAAAAAAAAAUACAAUGUUGCCUUAAUCCUGUUACCACUAUAGAACCUGAGAGCUAGCAUGGCACUUUUGAUGAAAAAUUAAUCAAUUUUAAUGGUUGUGAUUAGAGACCGGAAAAAUUCGCGGAUUCAUAUCGCGAUACGGUAAAAUUCAAAUACACAUAUCUUUAAGCUUCUUGAGCUUUUGGCUAACUGUUCAUCUGGACGACUCUGGGCCGAUGAGAAAUCCUCAACCGAAGAAGUAUCGAAUCGCAGGCGAACCAGUUAAGUCGACUCACAAGUCAUCAGCCAAUGAACUAACGUUACUGGCCCGAAUAAACAAAUGACUGUGUAGUCCUUCCUGAAGGUCAUCAUGAAACCACUGAAUUGCACCUCUAUCUUCGUUUAUCCGCCAUGUAAUGUUAUGUUUACCACUCAAUAUUCAUAUAUGCCCUGUGCACGACAAAAGACCGCGCGCCAGUUCAGUUUCUUGCGCUUAGAGGCGACACCGCGCUAGAAGCGCUAGCGAGCUUGGCGUUUAUCAUCCCGCCUCACUAGCAGAGACACACCCUUGACUAAGAGGGGGCCUUGAGGUUCUCAGAUAGACUAGAAAUGCGUUUUAAAGCAUAUUUUAAUAAUUCUCCGGGCAGACCCGGACCACCCGAUUGUCUGGGCGUUAUUGGAUCCCACCGUCCCCACCGUUAGUCCCCCCCCCCCCCCCUUUUCCAGAAAUCGGUCUGUCAAAAAUGUCUUCUUUUAGCUUCCUUUGGCCCCCACCCUCUUCCCUAAAUCCAGGAUACACCUAUUCCCACACAGAAAAAAAUUUCCGUAAUUUUACAAAAGGAACCUUUGGAAGCCAGUUUCAAGAAAUGGUUUGUAAUACUACAAAAAAUUUAUUGUAACUUUGUACAACACAUUGCUAUGGCUGAUUCGCAUUUAUGAAAUACGUUUCUCGAGAUAAUAUUGAGUAUUUCUUACCAAAAUUUGCAUAUGGUUUUAUAUUUUAAUUGAUGUAUCAUUAAAAUAUAAUAUUUUUUAAACCAUGGAAAAGAUAAUCGAAUACUCAACAAUUUAAUUUAUUUUGUUGUAUCGCGCUUAUUACGUGGACAGUUAAUAAUGGAAAGGGCAAGCUAUUCAGGGAACGGUUUACAAAUAACUUUAACUAUUGGAGAUACUGCGACAACACAAAGCAUAAAUGCUCGUGUAAGAAUUUGAACCCAGUAUUACUGCGAACAAUAUUUUGUAGUGACACUUCUAUCUUCAUGUACAUGUAUAAAUUCUCAAAUAUCUGCAAUUUUGUAUUAAUAUUUCUGUUACAUUUACAAAAAAAACUUUCAGUGUAGUGGCCUAUUUUGUUUUUUGCUUCUUUCAUUGAGGUAACAGGAACAAUACAUCUUAGUAAACUUUGUUUUGGUAGCAAAAAUGAAUCUAAUUUAGUUUUCUGGGGAUAUGUAAUAGUACGUCCACUCAGUACUGUCACAUUUUGCAUUACGUGACACUGAACUGUUAUGUAUUUUUUCAUCACAAUAAAUUCAAAUAGCUUGCAGUAAAAUGCUGGCGUCGUAUAUUACGCUGGAGUACAAUAUUUGUUUGUCAAAAGUGAAAAUUAAAAAUUUGCCAUAAUGCCAAAUUUUCCAUAAUGAAUUGAUAGUAAUUGUUAUUUAAAACUGAUAUUUAAUUCAAAUAGUUAAUACAAACCUUGAAAUUGAUUUAACGAAAGCUAUGUCGGUAUAUAAUUACAUACCAACUUUAUUUCCUCUUGGCCCUUUACUUCCAUUUACACAUGUUCUGGGUGGACACUAUUUAACUAGACGUUUCUUAGUUUCAUUUCAUAAAAUUUUUAUUGAUCACUCAGUACAAAAAUACAAUUACAAAUACAAAAAAGUUAUUAAGAAGAUUUUUUUCGCAAACAAAACUAAUGACGACUAUAAUUGUGUAUAUACUUCUAGGUGAUAGCAACUAUAUUAUGACUUAUCUAAGUGAUGAUUUCGUAAUUCACAGAAUUUAAAAAAUUCUAGAGAUCUUUUUGAAUUCAAUAACACAAACAAUGACAUAUUUUUUUUUUACUUCUUCAAGCAAUUUUUGCCAAUUAAAGAAUAGUUUAUUUAUUCCACAUGAGAUUCAUAUGCCUGUGUUAUUCUCAAUAUUUUUAUGCACGUGAAUAAAUUUACCAAAACACACGCUACAACGAUUAUUUUAAGCUUUUUGUUACAUAAAAUUUUAAUGAUUAUUUUGUAUCAAACAAGGUAUUCUUCGUCUGUCCCAGACUUUAUACUCAAAGCAAAAAAGUGAAUUUAUUAUUUUUCUAGAGGACAUAGUAAUACACCAAGCAUCUCUAAAAUAUAUGAGAAUUAUGUGUCUAGUUUUAAAUUUUUUGUUAAAAAUAUUGUAAAACACCAUUAAUGGUGAAUUGAUAUUAAAUUGUUGUAAUUGAAUAUCUAAUUUAUUAUAGUUAAUCAUUAGAUUUUAAUUUCAGUCCUCUAAAAUUAAACAAUUAAUUUUGUUGUGAGCAUGUCUAAGAGUGGAUGUAUCCUCCAAGAAAAUAAAGAAUCGAAGAAACUAGUAAAA